AUGGGAAGGGACAGAUGGGAUGACCGACGACUUCGAUUAGCCGAAAUGCCAACAUCAAAACAUCACUGCCAAAUCUUUUGCAGUAACAAUAAUGAAGAAGGAGGAGGAUCACCCAUUUCAAAUUCUGUUGAUACUUUCUUUAUUGUUGAUAUAGGUUCACAAAAUGGAACUUUUGUCAAUUCUCAAAGAUUGUCGGAAAGUAAGAUGAGUUCCAAGCCAUAUCAGUUAAAUCAUAUGGAUGAAGUUGUCGUUGGAAGUACCAAAUUUCAAGUGCACUUGCACAAACAAUGGACAUGCGAUAUUUGCACCGUAACUGAGGGAAAAAUGAUUGACAUAUCUCAAAAGAACGAUGGAAUUUCUAAUAACAUGAAUAAAUCUAAACAGAAAAUUAGUGAAGGUGAUAUGAUUACAAACAUUGGUAGUAAUAUUAAUAAUAAUACAACACAAAAAGAACUUUUAGAAUUUCAGCGACGUGAGGAGCUGAAUCGUUUGAAACGUAAAUAUAUGGGUCCAUCUAAUAUCAAUCAAAAGCAUAAGAAAUAUGUUGAUAGGGCUGCUUUAAGAAGAGAAAUUCAUCCUGAUAAUGGACCAGUAAAGAAAGAUUGGGAGGAUAUAUCUCAAGUAUCAGCGGAAGAAACAAAGAAUCUACAAACAAAAAUCGGUUCAGAUAAUAAAGGAAAUAAGCUUCUACAGAAGAUGGGGUGGAAGGAAGGACAAGGUUUAGGACGUCAUGGUACUGGAAUUUUGGAUCCAGUCCAAUUAAUUACUAAUGAGGGAAGAGUUGGUCUUGGUGCGGGAGGGAAAAAGAGUCAAAAUAGCACCACUGAAACAUUACAGGAAGCAACAAGACGUGUUGCCAAAGAAAGAUUUAUUGAUUUAUUUCAAUGA